AUGAUUUUUAAGAUGUAUACCUACCCUGGUGAUAAAUCCAAUUCAUCAGUACCUGGAUAUUUGAAAGUGUCUGCACUAAAUGAUGGUGAUCAUUCUGCAAACAACUCCAAUGAGACAGCAAGCAAUCUGGAUUCACCUUCCUUGGAUAUCAGUAGGGCAAUAAUUGUGGGGGUUAUCCUAGGUGCAUUUAUACUCUUUGCUAUUAUAGGCAAUAUAUUGGUAAUUCUCUCUGUUGCUUGCAAUAGACAUUUAAGAAUUCCUACAAACUAUUUCAUCAUUAACCUCGCAAUAGCAGAUUUGUUGCUGAGUUCUACUGUCCUUCCAUUCUCUGCUACACUGGAAAUCCUUGGCUUCUGGGUUCUGGGGAGGAUAUUUUGUGAUAUCUGGGCAGCAGUUGAUGUGCUGUGCUGUACAGCUUCUAUUUUAAGUCUAUGUGCAAUUUCUAUAGAUAGAUAUAUAGGAGUACGUUAUUCUCUCCAGUAUCCAACUUUGGUAACAAGAAAAAGGGCAAUUUUAGCUCUCCUCGGUGUCUGGGUCCUUUCCAUAGUGAUAUCUAUUGGACCUCUUUUGGGCUGGAAAGAACCAGCACCCAAGGAUGAUAAAGAGUGCCGUAUCACUGAAGAACCAUUCUAUGCUUUGUUUUCUUCCUUGGGGUCAUUUUACAUUCCUUUAAUUGUCAUCCUCGUGAUGUACUGUCGGGUCUACAUAGUGGCAAAAAGGACAACUAAAAACCUGGAAGCUGGGGUUAUGAAAGAAAUGUCCAACUCCAAGGAGCUGACUUUACGGAUUCAUUACAGGAACAUUCAUGAGGACACAUUAAACAGCACCAAACCCAAGGGUCACCAUCCCAGGAACUCUUUAGCUUUCAAACUUUUUAAAUUCUCUAGAGAAAAGAAGGCAGCCAAGACAUUGGGAAUUGUGGUUGGGAUGUUUAUCUUGUGCUGGCUACCUUUCUUCAUUGUUCUGCCACUGGGAUCUCUGUUUUCAUCUCUGAAGCCCCCUGAAACGAUCUUCAAGGUGAUUUUUUGGCUUGGCUACUUUAACAGCUGCUUGAACCCAAUCAUCUAUCCUUGCUCAAGCAAAGAGUUCAAGAGGGCUUUCAUACAGAUCCUAAAAUGCCAGUGCCACCGUCGAAAGCAGUUGGGGUGGUGGGCCUACAGCUACAGAAACUGGAAUCGGUGCUCCUUUGAACACCCUAGGAAAGACUCUCUGGAAGACAGCGGGAGCUUCCUAAGUGGCAGUCAGAGGACACUAUCUUCAGCAUCUCCCAGCCCUGGCUACCUGAGCAAAAUCACUCAUCCACAUAUGGAGAUGUGCACAUUCCAGGAAUGGAAAAACUCCAGCUCUUUUCUGAGCCCCUUACAGGAAAGCAGCAGACAAAAGGAUCCAUGCCAGUUCUUUACCUUCAAUCUAUUAACAGAACGCAAUGGACACGUUCCUGCUGGCAGCCAGGCUUCCGGCAGUGGGGACCAUGAGGCCAUCUGUGACACACUGAAUGGCAAAACAGACUGUGGAGCAAACAUAGCGCUGGAAUGA